CCUAUGGGGUCCGUGCCCCCCCCUCUCCCCCCCCUCUAGGCGUGGUGUACGACACCUUCAUGCUGAAGCACCAAUGCACGUGUGGGAACACCCACAUCCACCCCGAACACGCCGGGCGCAUCCAGAGCAUCUGGUCCCGUCUGCAGGAAACCGGGCUGCUGGGCAAGUGUGAGCGCAUCCGGGGUCGGAAGGCGACGCUGGAGGAGAUCCAGGCGGUGCAUUCGGAGCACCAUGCGCUGCUGUACGGCACCAGCCCGCUCAACAGGCAGAAGCUGGAUGGGAAGAAGCUGCUGGGUGUGUAAAAGGAA